AUGUUAAGUUCGUCGUCUCUCAGAUCGAUCAAUGGGCUCCAGCAGGCGUGGCGAGGGUUCUCGACCACGGCCUCCACACGAGCCGACUUCACCCACGUUGUCGUAGGAGGUGGCGCGGUAGGACUCGCAACGGCGCGAGCCCUCGCCCAGCGCCCGGGGACGUCGACGGUACUCCUCGAGCGCCAUGGCGCCGUCGGCACAGAGACUUCUUCGCGCAACAGCGAGGUCAUUCACGCAGGCAUCUACUACGGGGCGGGGACCCUCAAGACAUCGCUCUGCAUCCGCGGCAAGGAGCUGCUCUACGCCUUCUGCCGCGAGCGCGGCGUCGCACACGCCAACACGGGCAAGUGGAUCGUCGCCCAGACGGACGCCCAGCGCGAGGCCCUCGAGCGCGUGCAUGGCUUUUGCAAAAACGAGAUCCACGUGCCCGUGCGCUGGGUCGCAGCCGAGGAGGCGCGGCGGCUGGAGCCGGACGUCAAGGCCGAGACGGGCGUGCUCGAGAGCCCGACGACGGGCAUCGUGGACUCGCACGGCCUGAUGAUCGGGCUGAUGGGGCUCUUCGAGAACGCGGGGGGCGUCGUGGCCCUGAGCUCCGCCGUGACGGGGGUGACGCCGCUGGGGCAGAGGGGCAGCGCCGGGUGGGAGGUGCGCGUGCGUGACCCCGCGACGGGGGAGGAAAGCGCCGUGACUGCCGAGGUGCUGGUCAAUGCCGCGGGGCUGGGCGCCGUCGACGUCCACAACAUGAUCGUGCCCGCCGCGGAGCGGCGCGCCAUGCACUACGCCAAGGGUAACUAUUUCUCGUACGCCAGCUCGGCGCCCAAGGUCGGCCGGCUCAUCUACCCGGCGCCGGAGCCUGGCGCCGGCGGGCUGGGCACCCAUCUGACGCUGGACCUCGCGGGGCGGGUGCGCUUCGGCCCGGACGUUGAAUGGGUCGAUUCGGCCGACGACCUGGCCGUCAACGGCGCGCGGAUGCCGGAGGCCAUCGAGGCCAUCAAGAAGUACCUGCCGAGUCUCGACGAGAGCUGCCUGGAGCCGGAUUACGCGGGCAUCCGUCCGAAGCUGGGGAGGCUCGGGGCUGUGGCGCACGGCACGGGGUUCCACGACUUCAUCAUCAGGAAGGAAGACGGCUACGAGGGAUGGGUCAAUCUGCUGGGCAUCGAGAGCCCCGGCCUCACUAGCUGUCUGGCAAUCGCGGAACGGGUCGACAAGAUACUAUACGGUUAA